AAAAUGAUGGAAAUGAUAGAAUUUAAUAGACUUGGUCAACAGUACAUAGAAUUUAAUGAGCAGUGUAAACUCUUCCACCUCCAUGAGAGUAUUGUCUGUAUCUAUUAUAUAUAUUAACACAUCCGCCUUCAACAGUUAAUCAUAACUUACAUACAACUCUAAGCAGCUAAAGCCAUUAUGUGUGCUCCAUUUUUAUUCAUUGUCGUUUCUCUUCUCCUCUCUUCACCAUUUUCAUCUUCAACACUUCUUAGAAUAACCAAAGGCUUAUCCCUCUCCGUUGAAAAACCAAACAACGUUUUAAUUUCAGCGAACCGCGUUUUCUCCUCGGGGUUCUAUCCGGUGGGCAAGAACGCAUAUUGCUUUGCAAUAUGGUAUAGUCAAUCGUUAGAUGAUGGGAGUUACACGGUGGUUUGGAUGGCCAAUCGAGACCAACCAGUUAAUGGAAGACGCUCAAAGCUCUCCGUGCUAAAAACUGGUAAUAUUAUCUUGACAGAUGCUGAUCGUCUUAUUGUUUGGGCCACUGAAACCACGACAACUUCUUUGGUGCAGCUGGAACUUUAUGAUACUGGUAAUCUUGUUCUUCAUACUUUGGAGGGUAAAAUUCUUUGGCAAAGCUUUAAUUCACCAACGGAUACUCUUCUUCCCCUACAACCACUCACCAAAAACACAAUGCUUGUUUCAUCAAGAAGCCAAAGCAAUUACUCUUCCGGUUUCUACAAGCUUUAUAUCGAUGGUGACAAUGUGCUCCGCCUCCAAUUUGAUGGUCUUGAAAUCUCCAGCUUUUAUUGGCCUAACCCGUGGUUGCAACCAUGGGAACUUGGAAGGUCCACGUACAACAAUAGUAGAAUUGCAGUACUCGAUCCCUCUGGCCAUUUCAAGUCAUCUGAUAAUUUGAAGUUCUCGGCUGCAGAUUUGGGCACAGGACCUAAGAGAAGAUUGACUGUUGAUGUUGAUGGCAACAUUAGAUUGUAUAGUCUAAAUGAGAAGUUGAGAGCUUGGGUUGUUACAUGGCAAGCCAAGUCCAACCCAUGCACCAUUCAUGGCAUUUGUGGACCCAACAGUGUGUGCACUUAUCAUCGUAAAGGAGGUAGGAGAUGCAAUUGCAUACUGGGAUUCAAGAUGAAAAAUCAAAGAGAUUGGUCUUAUGGUUGUGAACCAUAUUUCAAUCUCUUGUGCAAUGAGGAGGCUGUUUUCAUCAAACUUCCUCAUGUUGAUUUCUAUGGCCAGGAUCUUGCGUACUUCCCAAAUCAAACCUUCGAGAGGUGUAAAGAGAAGUGUUCCCAGAAUUGCAAUUGCAAAGGGUUUCAAUUCAAAUAUGACAGAACUAAUGGUUACUAUCUUUGUUACACCAAGGCUCUGUUGCUCGAUGGAUAUCGCUCGGAGGGAUUUGAAGAAACCAUGUACAUAAAAUUGCCCAAAUCUAAUCUCUCCUCCUAUGAUAAGCCCAGUCAAGAAUUCCGAUUAGAUUGCUCGCAACAAGUUACGACACCCCUUUACAGAAAUUACAAGCAGCAGCAAGAAAACAGCACGGUGAAGUUCAUGCUUUGGUUCGCCUGUGGAUGUGGAGGAGUUGAGAUCAUUGGUUUCUUGCUCGUGUCCUAUGUCUUGUAUAGAAACCGUCAAGGCUCUCAUGCAACUGAGAAUGGUUACCUUCAAGUAGGAACUGGAUUCACAAAAUUCACAUAUGCUGAGCUUAAGCAGGCAACGAGUAAUUUCAGCAUAGAGAUUGGGAGAGGAGGCAGUGGUGUUGUAUAUAAAGGUACUUUGUCUGACAAUAGAGUUGCAGCAAUAAAGCGUCUUACGGAAGCCAAUCAGGGCGAAGAGGAAUUCUUAGCAGAAGUAAGCACCAUUGGGAGACUUAAUCACAUGAACCUGAUAGAGACAUGGGGUUAUUGUGUGGAGGGAAAGCACAGGCUUUUGGUGUAUGAGUACAUGGAGCAUGGUUCUUUAGCAGAAAACAUAACUUCCAACAUGCUUGAUUGGAAGAAGAGGUUUGAAAUUGCUUUGGGUACUGCAAAAGGCCUAGCUUAUUUACAUGAAGAAUGCUUGGAGUGGGUUUUACACUGUGAUGUAAAGCCUCAGAACAUACUCUUGGACUCGAAUUACCAACCCAAAGUAGCAGAUUUUGGGCUGUCUAAACUCUUCAACAGAGGUAGCAUUGGUAAUUCUAGCUUCUCUAGGAUCAGAGGAACUAGAGGUUACAUGGCUCCAGAUUGGGUUUUUAAUCUUCCCAUCACAUCCAAAGUUGAUGUCUAUAGCUAUGGUGUUGUCAUGUUGGAGAUGAUAACCGGAAGAAGCCCGACUGGUACUGUCCAUGCCAUGGAUGAUAAUGGGGGGAUGGAGCAGAGAAGGUUGGUCACAUGGGUGAGAAAGAAGAUGCAUGAAACUACAGGAAAUGGAUCAUGGAUCGAAGAAAUCAUAGGCACUGCCAUGGAUGGUGAAUAUGACAAAAAUAAGAUGGAACUUCUGGUUAGAGUGGCUUUGCAAUGUGCAGAGGAAGACAAAAAUACAAGACCUACCAUGAGUAAGGUAGUUGAAAUGCUUUUGGAUCAUGAAAAUGAUGAGUUUGAAAAGUCAUUCAUUCCUUGUAUUAUAGAUGCAUGUGAUAGUUUGAAAUUUGAGUACCUUGUUGAGGAAUGAGUAGAGGAAGACCCAAGGUCCACCAUAAGUAAGGUAGGGGAGGUACUUUUGGUAAUGGCUUUUAAAAGAGUCGGUGUUGGUACGUAUUUGGAUCAUAUAUUGCAGUUAAAAAAAUUGAGUAUAUUAACCCUGUAUAUAUAUAUAUAUAUAUUGGUUUCCGAGAUAUUAUCUUCUUAGUGGUAGCAACAAAGCUAGAUAGAAGAAUUCUUAGGAAAAUAAAUGCAACUUAUCUUGCUCUAAAUCCUAAGAUCCCCCUACCCCACCUUUCCCAAAAAAAAUUAGGUUAUUUCUUGCUGUAAUGUCCUUUACAAAUGUAUUUCUAAACUUUUAACCAUCAAA